GAAGCCUCCCGCGGAGGGCGAAAGAGAAUGGCUCCGGGGAUGAAAGGUGAUUCACAUGAUGCAGUAUUAUCUCCUGGUGCUGAAGGUGAUGCUGUUAAGGUUUAUGUGAGGGUGCGUCCUCCUACAGAAGGCACUGGACUUGCUGAUGGGGAUCAUGGCUUGUGUUUAUCUGUUCUUUCAUCAAGCACCGUCCGUCUGCAUUCAAAACCUGAACCUAAGAUCUUCACCUUUGAUCAUGUGGCAGAUGUGGAUACAGCCCAGGAAUCAGUGUUCUCAAGUGUGGCCAGAAAUAUAGUGGAAUCAUGCAUGAAUGGCUACAAUGGAACCAUUUUUGCAUAUGGCCAGACUGGUUCAGGCAAAACAUUUACUAUGUUAGGACCACCUGAUUCUGAUAACUUUACCCAUAAUCUGAGAGGAGUAAUUCCACGGAGCUUUGAAUAUCUGUUUUUUCUCAUUGACAGAGAGAAAGAAAAGGCUGGAACUGGGAAGAGUUUCCUCUGCAAGUGUUCAUUUAUUGAAAUCUACAACGAACAGAUAUUUGACCUGCUGGAUUCUGCUUCAACUGGACUAUUGCUCAGAGAACACAUCACGAAAGGAGUAUUUGUUGAUGGUGCAGUGGAACAAGUGUUGGCUUCGGCUGCUGAAGCAUAUCAAGUGUUGACAAUGGGCUGGCGAAAUCGUCGUGUAGCAUCUACCUCAAUGAAUAGAGAGUCCUCAAGGUCACAUGCUGUUUUUACUAUCACAGUAGAGUCAGUGGAAAAGAGCAACGAAGUUGUGAACAUUCGAUCCUCUCUGCUCAAUUUGGUAGAUUUGGCUGGGUCCGAGAGACAGAAAGAUACUCACACUGAAGGAGUAAGGUUAAAGGAGGCAGGUAACAUAAACCGAUCAUUAAGCUGCUUGGGCAAAGUGAUCACUGCCCUUGUGGAUGUAGGCAAUGGAAAACAGAGACACAUCUGCUACAGGGAUUCUAAGCUCACUUUUUUGCUACGGGAUUCCCUUGGAGGUAAUGCAAAAACUUGCAUCAUAGCAAAUGUUCAUCCAGGAUCCAGAUGUUUUGGUGAAACUUUGUCCACUCUUAAUUUUGCUCAGAGAGCAAAACUAAUUAAAAACAAGGCUGUAGUAAAUGAAGACACCCAAGGGAAUGUAAAACAGCUCCAGUCUGAACUGAAGAAACUGAAAGAGCAGCUUGCUCUGCUUACUUCAGGGAGAUCUUUGCAUGAUGUUUCCCUUUCAAUAGCUACCAUCACACAUGAUGUAGGAAAUACAGAUUAUGUGAACAAUUUUCUUGAAGCUAUGCGAUUUUUGGAAAAAUCUGAAAGUGAAAGAAAGAUCCUGUUAGAUAAAGUUGCCCGACUAGAAGAUCUGUGUGCCAAAAAGGAGAAGUUCAUUCAGUCCAACAAAAUGAUAAUUAAAUUUAGAGAAGAUCAUAUAACUCGCCUGGAAAAACUACACAAAGAAGCUCAUGGUAGCUUUUUGCCCAAGGAGCAAGAAGUGUUCUUCAAGGACCUGAAGGAGGAACUUGAGACUCUCAGAGAACAGGUGGAGCAUCAUCCACGAAUUGCAAAAUAUGCCAUGGAGAAUCACAGCCUCCGUGAAGAGAACAAACGACUUCGUUCCUUACAGUCAGUGAAAAGAGUCCAGGAAAUGGAUGCUCAGGCCAUGGCAGAACUGGAGAAAGCGUUCUUAGAAGCUUCAAGGAAAGAGUGUCAAAAUGGAGGCCAGCAGAUGUGUCCUACCAUCAUGUCAUCAGAUAACUCAGUUGAGAAGCUAAAAGAACGUCUGUUGCACACACAGAGUGAACUGGCAAGUUCCCAACAAGAAUAUGAAGAAUUUAAAGCUCUAACAAAGAACAAAAUUAGGGAACUGGAAUCAGAAGCUCAGUCUCUACAGACAGCAAACCAACAUCUUGAGAGAAUUUUGGAAGCCACCAAGGCUUGCAAACGCCAGGAAGUUUCUCAUCUUAACAAAAUGCACAGAGAAACUUUAAAGAACAUUAGCACUCCAACAAAGGCUUAUCAGCGAAGGUCUCUGUUGGUGACAGGAUCAACCCCUGAAAUGUCAAGGCGGGAAUCUAUUGAUAUCUCCGUAGGAGAGAUGGAUGGUAUCUUAAAUGAACCGAUGCCCCCUGAAAUGAACGAACAGGCAUAUGAGGCUGUUGUGGAAGAGCUGAGAUUGGUGCAGGAACACUUAAGCUCUCUUCAGAUCAAGUUAGAUGAGGAAGAAAGUAAAAAUAUAAAGCUUCAACAGCUAGUUUAUAAGUUGGAGAACCGUUGUACGCAAAUACAAGAGCUUUUCUCAUCUGAAAGAAAUGAAUGGCAAACCGAAAAGCAAGGGUUUCUUGAAAAGAUAGACACUCUUGAAAAGCAAUACCAGGAUACGCGGUGCAAGGCUGAAAUAUUGAAGAGUGAAGUCCAUGACUUGCGGAUUGUUCUGCAGUCUGCAGAUAAGGAGCUGUCUUCUGUAAAAACGGAGUAUGAUUCUUUCCGACAAAAGCAAGAGAAAGAAAUUAGUGACCUUUCUACUCUCCACAUGGAAGUCCAACUUCAGCUUGAUAGUGUCAGGCUAGAAUAUGAAAAAGUGCUUGAAGGAAAAGCAAGCCUGCAAGAUGACUAUGACAAUCUCCAGGAAAUACUGAAGUUUGAGACUGACCAGUUGACGCAACAGCUAAUCGAAAGCAAGCAGGAAAAUGAAGCACAGAAAAGUGCAUUUCAGAAUCUCUUAGUCCUGUUGGAAAAUGAAAAGGAACAUAAUCAAAAAUUAACAAUGCAGUUACAGGAAGAUAAAGAACAUAAUUCCAAGGAGUUGUUGGAAGCUCCUGAAACUGUACAACUAGAGAAACCAUCAUGUGGAAUGAUGCCAAGAUGUGAGCAGCAGGACGUAAAGCUGCAGAAACUAGAGCAAGACUUGUUUGCUGCUGAGGAAGUUAUUGCUUCUCUGCGUAAGACAAACACUGCUGAUAAGGAAGUUGUAACAGACCUGAUGAGCCAGAUCCAAAAGAUGAGGAUGUCUGUCAGUCAAAAAGAAGAAUGCAUAGAAGGGCUGAUAAGAGACCUGGAGGACCUAAAUUGUAAGUACAAUUCUGCUUUAGCUAUGAAAGAAGAAAGCAAAGCAAUUAUAGAGAUACAGGAAAAGCAGAUUGAAGAGUUGAGAGAGACCACAGAGAGACUGCAGAUUGCAGACAAGAUUGAGAGAGAGCUUCUUUGUGAAGAUUUGAACCACACCUCUGAGCAGCUAAGCAAGUUAACUGAAGCUUCCAAAGAGCAUGCAGCACUUCUUCAGUGUGCACAAGAAGAUCUGAUAAAAAAAGAAACCAUCAUCCAAGGACUUCAGGAGCAACUAAAGAAGUCAGAAGAGCUGAUGAGCAGGAAGAAUGAAUAUGAAUUUAAAAUGCACCAAACAGAAUGUCUUAUGGACUCCUUUACAGCAACGUCACAGAACCCCCAAACUCCACCAAACUUUGAUGUAAGCCUGGCAAAAUAUUUAGAGACCCAAGAGCAGGAGAUAAUAGACCGAAGAGCCUCUGCAGUCACCCUGGAACAUCUUGUAUCUGAAUUAAAUAAAGAAAGAGAUGCUAAAAACAGUGAAAUCAUAAGGCUAAAGACUCAGUUAUGUGAAUUGGAAAACACUCGUCUGGAAAUGCAGGUAUUAAUGGAAAAUAACAGAAAUUUACAGUGUCAACUUGAAGAAGCAAGAAGUGGAAAGAGGACUGGUAGUCCCAGGUAUCCAGAUGUUCAAGACCUACAGGAAAAAGAGAAGGAAAUUAACAAGGAAAGACUAGCAAAGACUAAAGCCAUGGAAGAAACGCUGGCAGUCAGAUCAGAGUUGGAAAAAGCCAGGAGUGACCUUAGAAACAAGAACACUGCCUUCCAGGAAAUGAUUUUGGAGGUGGAACGGACAAGAGCUUUGGAGUUGAAAACCUUCCAGGAGAAAGAAGAAAUGAGAUCAAAACUGGAAGAAAUGUAUGAACAGAGUGUAAAAAUGGAAAAGGAGAUGUCCUUGCUGAAGAAACAGGUCGAGUUUCUUGCUGAGGAGAACGGGAAGCUGGUGGGUCACCAAAACUUAAAUCAGAAGAUACAGUAUCUUGUUAAGCUAAAGAAAGAUCAUGCUAGACUAAUGGAGGAAGCCGAUGCACUUCGUGCUGAAAAUGCUUGUUUGAAAGAAAAGGGUGAAAUGUGCAAGAAUCCUCUGGAUUAACUGGGUCAGGAAAGCAAAAUACUAACGUCAUUGGCAACAAGUAAACAAUGGGACAUGGCUUGGUUUUCUCCCCACUAGCCCAACGUCCCUUUGCUCAGGAGGAAAUGGUUGCAAACUGUGUAACAUGCCAGGCGGUAGUUCUGGUUCAGGGCUUCUUGUUCCAAAUGAUCUUGCAGUUUUUAGCAGAAUUUUCAUUCUUUCUUACUGAGCCAUUUUAAAGAAUUUCAUUGUAAUAUUGCAUAUACUGGGAAAUGUCACCGUUUGGCCUCCUGUUAUUAAAAGCUCUAGGGAUAUCUCACAUUGAAUUGACUGUAUGUUAAAAAAUCACUGUAAUACUUAUUUUGAAAUGUGUAUCUAUCGAAACGAUUUGUCUCAUGACUGUUGUUCAAAGAGGCCUUAAACAAAUGUGUUUUAUUUUUAAUGAAACAAAAUGAUCUGUUAAAUACCACAAGGAUGUUUAAUAUGAUGGGCGGUGUAAACUUGGUGUCAUGUGUGUUUCCUUUCUCUUAGUUGUCCUUGUCUCCAGAAUACUCCUUGCCUCAGUGUAAAAUAGGUACAAGACCAUCAUCAGGCAUCAAUGUCAACAUUGGCCAGGAAACAUGAGUGUCAGCUGUUUAAAAAGAUGUCCUAUUCAUUUUGAAGGAGCGCAGUAAGGCUUCCUGGUUACACUGGAGAGUCAUUACAAGCGGCAGAAGUCUUUAGAAUCUGUAGUCAACACACAGGAGGCAAUAAAAUGAAAGAACUGUUGGCUUUGUGAAAUAUGAUUGAAUUAGCCCUCUAGUAUUGCCCUUACCUGUCUUAUUAGAUCAUGCAAAGUUUUGCAUGUUUAAAUAUGGAUUAUACGUAAUGUUCCAUAUUCCGAAUUUCAUCGAGUGUCUGCUAAAACAUGCCUGACAAUAUUUUCUCUGUUUCACUAAAGUGAACAGAAUAUCUACUUGAGCAAUCCCCUCCUAUUGUGUAUUUUGCUGUAAAAGGUAGUCAUUUAAAUGUGUAAUAGCUAUUCUAAAUUGCCCCACAUGAUGUUUAAAAGUACAAAAUAAAGAGUAAGAAUCUAAGUAAUAGUAAUCUGUGAGGCUAGUCCUGUGAACAGUGGAGGAUCACGAACCUGUCAAGGGUUUGCAUUCCCCUUCCAGGCUCCACUUCUCCCAUCAUGUGUCUAUUACUUCCAUUUCCUCUAAUCCUAGCAUUCUUUGAUGUCCAAAUCUGGCAAACUAUAGCUGAUGCUAAUCUUCAGAAUCGUAUCUUAGAGGAGAUUUGUGUGGCAAGGGAAAGGAGGGAGUGAACAAGCCCAUGGCAUAUCCCUGAUCUCAAAACCAUGGUUCGGAGGAUCUUCUGAAUUGAGUCACAGUCCAGUAUUCUUCAGCACUGCACAGUCCAUCACAAUAUGAAUCCCCUACUAGGUAUGCUCCCAGUAAUCCAUAUUUAAACAUGCAUGAUCCAUAUUUAUGGUGAACAAAACUUCCUGUUGUGGAGAGAUUUUUAGCACUUUAAAGACUAUAAAUAGUCUUUAGAGUGCCACAAGGCCUUUUUUUUCUUACAAUAGACUAAUGUGGACUAAGUCCCAUGGCCGAAAGAAAGGUGUUCCGUUAUUUCAGUACCUGAUUCAUUCCGUGGCAGCUAUAGCAGGACUCUAAAAUUCUGUAAAUGUUUUCUGUUUUUUUUUUUAUUCUGAGAAU